GCAUAAACAAACCCCAGGAGGAGGAAGGAGGGAGACCACUGGGGUGGCUGAUGACUCUUAAUCCACCUUAACUUCUGCAGAAUCUGCAGAUCUCUUGCUGUCUCCCUGUGUCACCCUACCUCCUCCCGGCCUGCCUUUCCCCACCCAGGCUAGACAAUGGGGAGAGCUGACCCAGAGGAAGGGCAGCUCCCAGCUCCUGUGAAGCCCCCAGAUGGUGGCUGGGGCUGGAUCGUUCUCUUUGGCUGCUUUGUGAUCACUGGCUUCUCCUAUGCCUUCCCGAAAGCUGUCAGUGUCUACUUCAAGGAGCUCAUGAAAGAUUUCCAUGUGGGCUACAGUGACACGGCCUGGAUCUCGUCUAUCAUGCUGGCCAUGCUCUAUGGAACAGGACCAGUAUGCAGCAUCAUGGUGAACCAGUUUGGCUGCCGGCCUGUGAUGCUCAUUGGAGGUCUGCUAGCUUCCUCUGGGAUGAUUCUGGCAUCUUUUACCACCAACAUCAUUGAGCUUUAUCUGACAGCUGGUGUGCUGACAGGUCUGGGUAUGGCGUUGAACUUCCAGCCCUCACUGAUCAUGCUGGGCACCUACUUUGACAAACGUCGGCCUCUUGCCAAUGGACUGGCUGCUGCCGGGAGCCCUGUCUUCCUUUCCUCCCUCUCUCCAUUGGGGCAAGUGCUGCUGGAGAAGUUUGGUUGGCGAGGAGGGUUCCUCAUCAUGGGGGGCCUUCUACUCAACUGCUGCACUUGUGGGGCAGUCAUGAGACCCCUGGAUACAGGCAUGAAGAGGAAAAUGGAGAAAGUUCAGGACAAAUAUGAAGCCAAGGAGAUGCUGCCCAUGGGAGGCAAGUCAGAGGAGGGCAUCAGCACCACUGAUGGAACCAAGAAAGCCAAGAAAGCCAAAAAGAAGCCCAAGAAAGGAAAGAAGCUGUUGGAUUUCAGCAUCUUUUCCAACCGAGGCUUCAUCAUUUACACUAUCUCAAAGUUCAUCCUGGUCUUGGGUCUCUUCGUGCCCCCCAUCUUGCUGGUCAACUACGCCAAGGACACAGGAGUACCAGACACAGAGGCCGCAUUCUUGCUCUCCAUCAUCGGUUUCAUCGACAUCUUUGCCCGGCCAGCGUGUGGCAUGGUGGCAGGCUUGAAGUGGGUCCGCCCUCACGUGGCAUACCUGUUCAGCUUCUCUAUGCUCUUCAACGGCUUGACAGACAUCUGCAGUGCCAGGGCUAGCAAUUACACGGGGCUGGUCAUCUUCUGUGUCUUUUUCGGCAUUUCUUACGGCAUGGUAGGGGCUCUGCAGUUCGAGGUGCUGAUGGCCAUCGUUGGCUCCCAGAAGUUCUCCAGUGCCAUCGGGCUGGUCCUACUUAUCGAGGCUUUUGCUGUGCUCAUUGGUCCACCCUCUGCAGGCCGCUUGGUUGACGCCCUCAAGAACUACGAGGUGAUCUUCUACUUGGCAGGCUCAGAGGUGGUGCUCUCCGCUCUCUUCCUGGCCAUGGCCACCUACUGCUGCCUGAACCGAGGGAAGAAGACACCUCCCCCAGAGAAAAACCCUUCGGCAGGUGGUGGGAGUGACACUGAAGAAGCCGAGUCUGAUGUGCAGGAAGCCGAGGAGCAUAGCAGCGAUAACCACCAGCCAGCCCAUGGCACUGACAAGGCCAUGGUGGCAGCCAGUGAGGAGGCCAACCAUGUGGAGGAUGAGCAGAGUGGGGAGGGAGGCAGGUGUCCUGAGGCGGAUGGGGAGGUGUUGGCACGAGCUGGCUGCAAUGCUGACCAGACAGUGGAGAGGGACAGUUUUUAG